UGUUCACUACACUGUGGUGGUGUCAACAGACCAUCAAGAAUUUUACAGAAAUAAAUUCUUUACAAAAAACAAAAAUAUAUCUAUAGAUAUCACCAUGUCUCAACCUCUCAAAGUUUGGUCCAAAUUCUCAGUAACCAAAAAAGAUGGCAGUGUUCUCAAUUUACGUAUUGUUGAUAUGCCCGAAGAUGUGAAGGUAGUGGAAAAAGUAAUAGACUGCUUUUUAAAUUAUUUUGUAAAAGAAGAAUGCACAUUUAAAGCGGCAGGAGUUCCAGAAAGUGCCGAAGCGAUGGAGGAGUUAAAAGGUUCCGUUGGUCACAUGGUCACCAAUGAAAAACCAGUGUUCAGUAUUUGUUGCCUUGACAACGGAAAAGACGAAAUUGAUGAGGUGAUGGGAGCGUCACUAAUGAUGUACAUGACAAGGGAAGAGGCAGAAAAAAAGCUAAAUUUCGAGACAAAAGAAUUGCAGAAACUAAUUGAAAUGAGUGACGGUCUAUCAGAGAUAUACGAUGAUUUGAAGGAAUUCAAUUUAGAUCCUUACCUCCUGGACAGAGGUAUUGUUGUAUGUCCAGAGUACAGAGGUCUUGGAAUUGCUCAAGAACUUCUUAAAGUCAGACGAUUAAUUAGCAAAGAGUUUGGUAUACCUAUCAACGGAGCCUGGAUGACGUCAUACGGCACACAGAAAGCUGCGGAGCGUGAUGGCUGGGAGACUGUCUGCGAGAUCCAGUAUGAGGACUUGGAGAAGAAGUUCAACGUCACCUACGGGCGAAAUCCACCUUCCUCUAAAUUUAUGAUCGCUAGAAUACCACUUUAAAUGUUAACAUUUUCAUGAAUCUUUUUUUCGGACGAAAUCAUUAAAAUUAUUAAUAAUUUUAUAUAAAAAUAUGUAUUAAAUUGUAAUAUGAUAAUAUAAUGUGAGUGCUAUAUUUUGAUAUUUUAUUAUUGAA